AUGUCGCUCGUCGGCAACUUUGCCUUUAAUAAUUUCGAUCGCACGGCAGAGACUGCUGGAGCUGGGAACGCCGGAAAUGCAUUUCAGAGACGUGCUUCGGUAACUGGAGACGAUGCAGUGGGCGAGCAGCAUGCCGAGGAACCGGGUCUCCUGAGGCGGACAUUCAGCAGACGGCGCUCCUCAGUAGCCUCAGCCCAAAGGCCAGAAAACCAACGACCAGCUACUGGCCGAUCAACUUCGCAUCAACAGUCUAAUAAUGUACAGCCCCAACAUGUCCCUGGAACCGGCAUAAAAGGCAAUACCUACUAUCCUGAUGGCAUCACCCCGCAGGACGAAAAGGACUUUGACAACGGCGACAUCGAGAAACAAGGCCUUGAACAAUCAGAAUCUCCAGAGUCUUCCUCCGAACGCGACGAGAAGGAGCAAGCUCGAAGGGAGUUUGAGAUUGGUCAGCUGGCCAGAUCGAUAACUCAAGCAUCAACCUGGUCGCAAGUACCCGACAAUCCAUUCGAAGCCGAGAAGGACACUGCGUUAGAUCCUCAUUCGCCUAAUUUCCGAGCGAGAGCAUGGGUGAAAUCUAUGAUCAAGCUGCGAGAUGCCGAGAAUAAAGUACCUGGACGAACAGGCGGUGUGGCUUUCCGCAACUUGAGUGUUCACGGCUUCGGCGCCGCGACGGACUACCAAAAGGAUGUUGGGAAUGUGUGGCUCGAGACCGUUGGCUAUGCUAAGAAGCUCUUCGGCAUGGCUAAGCCACGACGCAUCGACAUCCUGCGCAACUUCGAAGGCCUGGUGGAGUCGGGUGAGAUGCUAGUUGUGCUUGGCCCUCCCGGCUCUGGAUGCUCGACUUUCCUCAAGACCAUCACAGGCGAGACGCAUGGCUUCAAUGUCGACAAAGAGGCUUACCUUAACUACCAGGGUAUUCCCCCUGAGCAUAUGCAUAGCUACUUCCGUGGCGAGGCCAUAUACACCGCCGAAGUCGAUGUUCAUUUCCCAAUGCUCAGCGUCGGUGAUACACUCACGUUCGCCGCGCAGGCACGAGCGCCGAAGUCACUGCCUGGUGGUGUGAGCAACAAGGUGUAUGCACAGCACAUGCGAGAUGUGGCAAUGGCUAGCUUCGGUAUCGGCCACACCAUCAACACGCGAGUCGGCAACGACUUCGUUCGUGGUGUCUCCGGCGGCGAGCGGAAGCGUGUCUCGAUAGCAGAGGCCUUUCUGAGUGGCGCACCGUUGCAGGCAUGGGAUAAUAGUACUCGUGGUCUCGAUUCCGCGAACGCUAUAGAGUUCUGCAAAACGAUCCGUUUGAGCACGGAGCUUGGUGGUGCAUCGGCCAUGGUCGCUAUCUACCAAGCACCGCAAUCUGCCUACGACAUCUUCGACAAGGCACUAGUGCUGUAUGAAGGCCGCCAGAUCUUCUUUGGUCACUGUGGGCACGCGAGAGCAUAUUUCGAGAACAUGGGUUUCGACUGCCCUGACCGUCAGACCACGGCCGAUUUCUUGACUUCCAUGACUUCGCCCCAGGAACGGGUGGUGCGAGCCGGAUUUGAGGGCAAAGUUCCUCGCACUCCAGACGAGUUCGCCGCAGCAUGGAAGGCUAGUUCUGAACGACAACGACUGAUGUCUGAUAUCGAUGCCUACGAGCAGCGAUACCCUUACGAAGGCGAGCAAUACCAGCAGUUCGCGCAAAGUCGACAGGCACAGAAGGCAAGGGGUCAGCGCAUGAAGUCACCUUACACUUUGAGCUACGUGCAGCAAGUCAAUCUUUGCCUAUGGCGUGGCUUUCGACGUCUGGCGGGAGAUCCUAGUCUGACAUUCACACAACUCUUCGGCAAUUUCGCCAUGGCACUGAUUCUUGGCUCCGUCUUCUACAACCUGCAACUGACUACGCAGUCGUUCUUCCAACGGGGAGCUGUACUUUUCUUCGCCGUCCUGCUCAACGCCUUUGGAUCUGCACUAGAGAUUUUGACACUUUAUGCUCAGCGUCCGAUCGUCGAGAAGCAUUCCCAGUAUGCUCUAUACCACCCAUCAGCUGAAGCUUUCGCUUCCAUGUUGACAGACAUGCCUUACAAGAUCGCCAACGCCAUCAUUUUCAACAUCACGCUCUACUUCAUGGCGAACUUGAGAAGAGAACCCGGACCGUUCUUCUUCUUCAUCUUGAUGAGUUUCUUGACAACCCUGACCAUGAGUAUGCUUUUCCGAACCAUCGCCUCCGUGUCCCGAACUCUCUCGCAAGCCAUGGCUCCAGCUGCGAUUAUCAUUCUGGGUAUUGUCAUGUUCACCGGUUUCGCCAUUCCCGUCGACUACAUGCUUGGCUGGUGUCGAUGGAUCAAUUGGAUUGACCCAGUGGCUUAUGGCUUUGAAUCUCUGAUGAUCAACGAGUUUCACGGCAGGAACUACGCUUGCUCGAUGUAUGUGCCCGCGUACGGCAGUCUUGCAUUGGGCGAGCAGGUUUGCUCGGCUGUGGGCUCCCAGGCUGGACAGGAUUAUGUCAAUGGCGAUGUCUACAUCAACACAGCAUAUCAGUACUACCACAGCCACAAAUGGAGGAACGUGGGCAUCAUCAUCGCUUUCAUGAUCUUCCUCAUGGUCUUCUACCUGGGCGCCACCGAACUCAUCAGUGCGAAGAAGAGCAAGGGUGAGGUGCUUGUCUUCCGUCGCGGCCACACACCCGCUUCUCUCAAGGACGGAGCGCACGAUGAGGAGACCGCAGACGAUGGAGCUAAUGGUGCUGCUCUCGCUAAGAAGGAGAGCUAUGUUGAGGCGAGUGAUAUCAUCCAAAAGCAGACUGCCGUAUUCAGCUGGAGGAAUGUCUGUUAUGAUAUCAAGAUUAAGAAGGAGGAUCGCCGCAUUCUGGAUCACGUAGACGGAUGGGUGAAACCUGGUACUUUGACCGCACUCAUGGGUGUCUCGGGAGCUGGCAAGACUACUCUGCUUGAUGUCCUGGCUACUCGUGUCACUAUGGGUGUCAUCUCCGGCGACAUGCUUGUGGAUGGUCGACAGCGCGAUUCUUCCUUCCAGCGUAAGACGGCUUACGUGCAACAGCAGGAUCUGCAUCUGCAGACUUCGACUGUUCGUGAGGCCUUGAACUUUUCUGCUCUGCUUCGUCAGCCAGCUCAUGUUCCGAAGAAGGACAAAUUGGCGUAUGUGGACGAGGUCAUUAAGCUUCUGGACAUGGACGAAUAUGCCGAUGCUGUUGUCGGUGUGCCUGGCGAAGGUCUCAACGUCGAGCAGAGGAAGCGUCUCACUAUUGGUGUCGAGCUCGCUGCCAAGCCCGAACUCCUUCUCUUCCUCGACGAGCCUACAUCUGGUCUUGAUUCUCAAACCUCGUGGGCUAUCCUGGAUCUACUGGAGAAGCUCAAGAAUUCCGGCCAGGCCAUCUUGUGUACUAUCCAUCAGCCCUCUGCCAUGCUGUUCCAACGUUUCGAUCGCUUGUUGUUCCUGGCUAAAGGUGGUCGCACGGUGUACUUCGGCCCUGUCGGCGAGAACUCUCGUGUCCUCGCCAGCUACUUCGAAGCCAACGGCGCCCACAAAUGUCCCGACGACGCCAACCCAGCCGAAUGGAUGCUGGAAGUCAUCGGUGCAGCACCCGGCACAACAACCGACAUCGACUGGCACGAAACCUGGCGCUCCUCAAAACAAUACCAAGAAACGCACGCCGAGCUCGACCGCCUCGCGGCCGACCGUCUACAAGAAACCCAACCCAAAACCUCCGCCGACGACAAAGCCUCCUACCGCGAAUUCGCCGCCCCCUUCCCCGUCCAAAUCCUCCAAGUCACCCACCGCGUCUUCGCCCAAUACUGGCGCACCCCCUCUUACAUCUACAGCAAGGCCGCCCUCUGCCUCUUCUCCUCCCUCUUCAUCGGCUUCACCUUCUUCCACGCCCCGCUCACCCAACAGGGGCUCCAGAACCAAAUGUUCUCCAUCUUCAUGCUCUUCACCAUCUUCGGCCAACUGGUGCAACAAAUAAUGCCGCAUUUCGUCACCCAGCGCGCGCUGUACGAGGUCCGCGAACGGCCGAGUAAGACGUAUAGUUGGAAGGCUUUCAUGUUCGCGAAUAUCAUGGUGGAAUUGCCUUGGAAUACCUUAAUGGCCAUCAUCAUCUUCUUCUGCUUCUACUACCCCAUCGGCCUCUACAACAACGCCAUCCCCACCCACGCCGUCUCGCUCCGGGGCUUCCAAUUCUUCCUCUUCGUCCUGGAAUUCCUCCUCUUCACCUCCACCUUCACCAACAUGAUGAUCGCCGGAAUCGCGGACGCAGAGACAGGCGGCAAUCUCGCCAACCUCAUGUUCUCCCUCUGCCUCAUCUUCUGCGGUGUCCUGCAGACCCCGCAAGCCCUCCCCGGGUUUUGGAUCUUCAUGUACCGCGUCUCCCCCUUCACCUACCUCGUCGACGGUAUGCUGAGUGUCGGCGUCGCGAACCAGGCCGUCACCUGCGCCAGCAACGAGUACGUCCACUUCAACUCCCCCGCCGGCCAGUCGUGUGGGACAUAUAUGCAACCCUACAUCUCCGCCGCGGGGGGUUAUCUGCGGGAUCCGAAUGCGACGGGGCAGUGCGACUUCUGUACGUAUGCGAGCACGAAUGUGUUUUUGGAGGGGGUGAGCGCGAGUUAUGGGAAUGCGUGGAGGAAUUUCGGCAUUCUGUGGGCGUUUAUUGGGGUGAAUGUGUGUGGGGCCGUGUUCUUUUAUUGGUUGGCACGGGUGCCGAAGAAGGCGAAGAAGAGUAAGAAGGAGUAG